AUGAAGCCACGGACGCGUCAACUUAAGUUGCCCUUUACCAAAACCGCGUACUUCAGCGCACAACCAUCAAUUGCUUUUCAUCUAGGAAAAAUGCUGUCUGGAGGGGGAAAAGGAAAACAUGUCGGCGGGAAAGGUGGUUCCAAAGUCGGUGGUGAGCGAGGACAAAUGUCCCAUUCAGCUAGAGCUGGACUCCAAUUUCCAGUUGGACGUGUAAGAAGAUUUCUUAAGGCUAAAACUCAAAAUAAUAUGCGAGUCGGAGCAAAGAGCGCUGUUUACAGUGCUGCUGUCUUGGAAUACUUGACCGCUGAAGUUUUGGAAUUGGCUGGGAAUGCAGCCAAGGAUCUAAAAGUCAAGCGUAUCACACCUAGACAUUUGCAGUUAGCCAUCCGUGGAGAUGAAGAAUUGGAUACUUUAAUUCGUGCCACUAUUGCUGGUGGUGGUGUUUUGCCGCAUAUCAACAAACAAUUGUUAAUACGUACAAAGGAAAAGUACCCCGAAGAAGAAGAAAUCAUUUAAUGAUUUUCAUCAUCAUAAGCGUUUAUGGUCGAAUUGUACAUAUGAUUUGGAUGCGCGCUUUUCAUCUUUAACGUAAUUUUGAAUGUAGUAACGUCCUUUUAAGACGUACGCCAUCCCUUUCACGUUUCAUACGCUUGGACUUGUAUGUAUAUAUUAUGUACGGUUUUUAGAAGAAGCUUCUCUGAGUUAGUUGGGUAUUUUCAAAAUAACUAUAUGUUCUUCUUUGGAAGCUCUGCCCUUUCCUAAUAUGUCCAGGCAAAGUUCCUUUGAAUGAGUCUUUUCAUUUUUUUUUUUUUUUUGAAGCAUAUAUACUUCUCUCUAUCGCCGCGUACUAAAAAUUAUUUUCUUAAUGUUUAUUUGGUCCCAGCACAUUAUGUAGGGCCUUAAAGCAAACUGUGUUCGAAAAGUUGGCUCUGAAAGCUUUUGGUUGUCUAUUCCAUCUCCAUGGAAAGUGAAACGUUACGUCGGUCUUGGAAGACCAUUGUACAAUUAGUAAAUUUGGUAUUGAAUAAAACAGAAUAGAUUUAUUACUAAUCAAUGAAAGGAAGGACAUAGGUAAAUGAAUUUAGACGUUCCUGAAGAUUAAGUGAAGACUCGUUUAAAAAUAAAAGAUGGUAUAUAAACGAUAGUGUAAAAGACGAGUAAAUAAUAAAAGCACAAAGAUUGAGAUUCACAAAACGAC